CAGAGCAUCGCCUGCCCGAGAGAGCCCGUCUUAAGGCGACAGGCUCGCCGCAGCGUCCCUCUCAACGCCCAGCCUGGGAAGGCGACGACGCGCGCUCCACAGACGCCGUCCCGCGGCAGAGGCGCUCUCCCAACUCCCCGCGCGCAGCAGCCGGAGGACGCGCUAUGAAGUCUUAUACUCCAUAUUUCAUGCUCCUAUGGAGUGCUGUUGGAAUAGCAAGGGCUGCCAAAAUCGUCAUUGUGCCGCCAAUUAUGUUUGAAAGCCAUUUGUAUAUUUUCAAGACACUAGCAUCAGCCUUGCAUGAGAGAGGCCACCGCACUGUGUUCCUCCUCUCAGAGGGCAGAGACAUUGCCCCAUCUAACCACUACAGCCUCCAGCGAUACCCAGGGAUCUUCAACAGUACCACCUCAGAUGCUUUCCUGCAGUCUAAAAUGCAGAAUAUUUUCUCUGGGAGAUUGACAGCAGUUGAACUCAUUGACAUACUGGAUCACUACACUAAGAAUUGUGACAUGAUGGUUGGCAACCAAGCUCUAAUCCAGGGUUUGAAAAAAGAAAAGUUUGACCUGCUCCUGGUGGACCCCAAUGAUAUGUGUGGAUUUGUGAUUGCUCAUCUUUUAGGAGUUAAAUAUGCUGUAUUUUCUACUGGUCUUUGGUAUCCUGCUGAAGUGGGAGCGCCUGCUCCUUUAUCAUAUGUCCCAGAAUUUAACUCGCUUCUCACAGACCGAAUGAACUUCCUGGAAAGGAUGAAAAAUACUGGCGUUUACCUCAUAUCCAGAAUAGGAGUUAGCUUUCUGGUUCUCCCCAAGUAUGAGAGGAUAAUGCAGAAAUACAACCUGAUGCCUGCAAAGUCCAUGUACGAUUUGGUUCAUGGGUCCAGCCUUUGGAUGCUGUGUACUGACGUAGCACUGGAGUUUCCGAGACCCACCCUGCCUAACGUUGUGUAUGUUGGAGGAAUCCUAACAAAGCCGGCCAGCCCACUGCCAGAAGAUCUGCAGAGGUGGGUAAACGGUGCUCAGGAACAUGGCUUUGUCCUGGUGUCUUUUGGAGCUGGUGUCAAGUAUCUGUCAGAAGACAUCGCUAUCAAACUGGCAGGAGCCCUGGGGAGAUUGCCGCAAAAAGUGAUUUGGAGGUUUUCUGGAACCAAACCAAAGAACCUAGGAAACAACACUAAGCUCAUAGAAUGGUUGCCGCAGAAUGACCUGCUUGGUCAUCCAAACAUCAGAGCCUUCCUAAGCCAUGGUGGUUUGAACAGUAUUUUUGAAACUAUGUAUCAUGGUGUCCCUGUAGUGGGAAUCCCACUUUUUGGAGACCAUUAUGAUACUAUGACUCGAGUACAGGCAAAAGGCAUGGGGAUCUUGUUAGAAUGGAAGACAGUUACUGAGGAAGAGUUGUAUGAUGCACUGGGGAAGGUUAUCAAUAAUCCCAGCUAUCGGCAGAGGGCUCAGAAGUUAUCGGAAAUUCAUAAGGAUCAGCCCGGCCACCCUGUCAAUCGGACUACCUAUUGGAUAGACUACAUUCUUCGCCAUGACGGAGCCCAUCACCUCCGCUCUGCUGUCCAUCAGAUCUCUUUCUGUCAGUAUUUCCUACUGGAUAUUGCCUUUGUACUUUUGCUUGGUGCUGCCUUGUUCUACUUCAUGUUGUCCUAUGUGACAAAAUUUAUCUAUAGAAAAAUCAAAAGUCUGUGGUCUGGAAAUAAGCAUAGCACAGUUAAUGGACAUUACCAAAAUGGAAUCCUCAAUGGCAAAUACAAAGGAAAUGGUCAUAUUAAACAUGAAAAGAAGGUAAAAUGAGCCAACAGCCCAGGUGGUGGGAACAAAUCUGUUCAUCCCUGAGUUUGUCCUGCUAUACUUAGUCUAACAGCUACUAAAGCUAAAUGUCAGCAAACAAGUCUAACACUUCCUCAUCAGGCCACUAAUGAAAUGCCAUGGGUGAAAUGUCUGUACAGAGCACAGCCCUAAAUGCAAACAAGUAUUUCAUUCAAAUACUGAUGCAGAAAGUUGGCACUGAAUGGUUUAGAAGCCUUAAUUAUUUAAAUCAAUUAAGUGCUUGUGUCAGACCUUAGUUUUAAAUGUUAUGUAUGUAGUAUAGGUGAAGAAUGGUGUCUUUUCUCUUAAUGAGAUGUGUGUGUGUUUCCUCUAUCAUUGAGUUUUAGCUCGUAUUUGUUGAAAGUACAACAUGUUCAGGAAGGGAGUAGGAAUGUUUUUCUGCCAGUGUUUAGCAUAUGUGAACUUUAGAAUCCUACCUUCAAAGACUGUUUGCUUCAAAACUCAAUGCAAAGCGACAAA